CCUCUGCCCUCCUCCGCCCUCCUUGCCCCGGCCAAAAGCACUGCUCUGUUCCAAAGCAAGACCAUCUACAUCUCCUUCGGCCAGCACUCAACCGGAACCCGCUUCGCUCGCAAUAACCAUUUCUGUGUCAUCUCCCACCUUCACACUCGACCACAAUGGGGUCGCAUUUUGACGUGUCACAGUUCGACCAACGCAUACGCGAUAUCCUCCUCGUCGCAGACCUUCACUCCGUUUCCUCAAAAUCGGUCAGGCUCCAGCUAGAGUCGGACUUUGGUCUGAGUCUAGGGCCUUGGAAAAGGGACCUCGACGAUAGGAUUAUCACCAUCUUGAAUAGCAUCCAGGGGGAGACUCAGGAGGACCAUGUGAAGGAGGAGACGGCCGCCAACCACCACCAACAGCAGUCGUCAUCCACGAGAUACCCCAACCACCACCAGCAGCCAUUACCACCGUCCUCAUCACAGGCAUUGUAUCCAUCCAUAGUAGCAUCAUCUGAACCAUCAUUUCAAAGCACCCCCACGAAGCGAAAAGCUGCUCCAGCUGGAAACAAGAACAAGAAAAUCAAAUCUGAGGAUUUCGUCGCUUCGUCUGAUGAUGAAUCUGCAGAGUUCACCGGAGGAGACGAAGAGCUAGCUCGACGGCUCCAAGAAUCCGAAAACGGCCGAACACGUCAAACCCGCAGCGGAGGCGCCCCACCAAGAAAGGGCCCCGCCCGCAAAAAGCCCGCCUCAUCCUCGACCGAACCCAAAAAGGCUACCGGCAUCAACAAACCCCUCGUCCUCAGCCCCGCCCUCUCCGAAUUCCUCGGGGGCAUCGAAUUGCUCGCCCGCCCGGAAGUCGUCAAGAGACUAUGGGAUUACUUCAAAGCCAACGACCUGCAGGACCCGAAAGACAAACGGUACAUCAUCGUCGACGAAUCCCUGCAGCCGAUUUUCGGCGUCAACCGGAAACGUGUGCACAUGUUUACCCUCAACAAGCUGCUGACGAAACAUAUGAUCAAGCCGGAGGACAUGGCCGGUGGGUUCGGGGACGUGGAUGAACUGGAGGAGGACGAGAACGAGGACGGAACUCCCGUGCCGCGGUCUUCGUCAAGUAGAUCCACCCCGAAGAAGAAAGAGAAACGCGCCCCCUCGACACGCACACCGAGCAAAAACAACCCGUUCAACCGCCCCAACGCGUUGAGCCCGCAGCUUGCGGCCGUGCUGGGCGGCCAAACGACGCUUUCAAGACCGCAGGUGGUUAAACAGCUGUGGGCAUACAUCAAGGAACGCGGGCUGCAGGAUCCGGCGGAUGGACGGAUGAUUAUUUGUGAUCAGCCAUUGAAGGACGUGUUUGGGGUCGAGCGGGUUAGUGGGUUCAAAAUGAAUACGUAUCUAAGCGCCCACCUAACCCGCCUAUCCGACGACGACGUCAGUUCCCAAGUCACAGACGAGGGCGUCGACGAAGCAAUAGACGACGCCGAAGGCGGCGCAGACGACGAUGAAGAAGAACAACCAGGCGACGACGAAGAGUACGAAAAUCCGACCCCGACCCCACGACCGGACAUCAAUGGCCAUCACCCGAAACAGGAGGAACAGGCCAAGGACGAGUAUGCGGAGUUUCAUCGGCUUUUGGGGAUUUAGAGAGGAGGUGGGUGAUGGGGGGAAGGAUUGGGGAAGGGGAGAUGAACACUUCUCGACGGAUUCGGAAGGCCGUCGGGUUUCGAGUGAACGAUUCUCGUCUUGUGGGAAGUUGGGCAUCGGAGAAACUGGGACUACGCCCCCAGUUACUGCAACAGAUGCGGAUGCUUAAGGGCUGGAUGCUAUCCCCCGGAUAUGGAUCUUUUUUGUUUUUUGGAGAGUUAUGGGCUAUGUGGUUGGCACGUAGGAAAUUGAGAGGGUCAAGGGAGAAAACCUGAAGUCAAACGCUGAAUGCGAUAGGAGAAACAGGGUCCACCGAGAAACAACUUGUCUCCACCUGCAAUAAAAUUGAUAACAGUAGAUAAUACUUUAUGAUUGUACACAGCCAAAAUAUGCAU